AUGUCCAACAGGCAACGCAACAGGAAGUUCAACAAUAGGAGUGCCAAGAUGGUUGCAUUCAACAAGUCUGCAGGGGAGGUCACCGACAAGUUGGAGCGCGGAGAUCCCAUUGUUGCUGACAAUGCUCACGUUGUGCAACUUCCUUUUGAAGUGGAGAGUCAGGUCCGUCGUUGGAAGCUUGAAACCUUUGAGUUUGAGAAUGAUGAGUUGACACAGUUGAUGGAGGGAGCUCACCAGAGUGUGUUUGUUCUCACUGUGGAGCUUGUUGGAGUCAAGCGGAUUGCCAAGAAGCACAGUGCUGGUGCCAUGAAUAGAUUUGGUUCCCCCACUCGUGCUGAGGAUUCUGAUGACGACAACAGUGAUGCAAGCGAAGGUGGUGAUGACGGUGGUGGUGGUCGUCCUGAACCUCAUGAGAAUAUGGAUGAGCACUGA